AUGCAAAAGCACCAAGACAGCGCCAUGGACCUCCUGAACCUGCUCAACUCCAAGCUCACGGGCGAAAAGGUCGAUUUUUCCAACAAGCUGCACACGAUCGAGGACGACCCUGUCACGCUCGACGAGCCGAUCAAGAUGCCCGAGCCGCCGCGUCCGUCGCCAACGCGCAAGUCGAUGCGCAAUCGUAUUCGCCAAUCGCUUCUGCGCAUUCCACGGCCACCCGUCUACACGGUUCGAAAAGUCAAGGCAGCGACGCGCAUCCAGGCGGGGUGCCGCGGCUGGCAAAUCCGACGGCUGCACUACUUGGCGGUGCUGCGACAAGAGCGCGACGCGGCUGUGCUCUUCCGAGGCGAUAUGGCCAUCGUGCUUCAAGCGGUCGCUCGCCGCUUCCUCGCUCGCUUGUAUGCAGUCGCCCUUCGCAAUGCCUAUGAUCUCAUUGCCCGCGCCAUUUGGCAGUACCUCAUGCGGCAGCGGGAGCGUAGCGAUACGACGAAGCGGACGCUCUCACCCAAGAUCAAGCACACGUGGGUUCGCGCAGCGUCCAAGCUCGUGCACUUGAAGACGCGCACACCGUCGCCCGACCGGCUCUCGGGCAUACAAAAGCUCUUGAAGAAGCACAAGCGCCACGACCACGCACUCGCGAAUCCUAGCCGCAUGCACGCCAUUUUUGCCAAGUUUCAGGCGCACUACCGUGGGUUUGCGGUGCGUCAAAAGUCCAGCAAGGGAUCCAGCGUGACGUGGCAGCACCAGCGAUCGUUCGACUGCAGCGACCACCGACCAGUCUACAAGUACCCGUCGUCCGUCCAUGUCGGGCGGCUGCAGUAUGUGAGCCUGCACCGGAGCCAAGGACGGGCGAGUGCGCUGGGACAGUUUUUUGACGCGGCGAGAACCGGAACCUCCUCAUCCUCCUCGCCGCGACGGCCGAUGCAGCCUCAAGACGAUUUCGCGGCCACCACAUGUGCGUCGCUCGCGUCGCGACGUCUUCUCACAGCCGUCGACCGCCCGGCAACGACACCGAGCCAUGUGCCGAGCAAGCCUCUCCUGCCGCCCAUGUCCACUCGCUCGUCGCGGCGCCCCGUCCCUCGCGCCAAGCCGCGCUACCACCUCGACAUGCGCCACGUGUAUGCGCUGCGUGACAAGCCGACUGUCGUCGCCGUCCCGACCGCCACGUACGACCGAGUAGACGAACGCUGCUACCCCACGUAUCGCAAAACAGCCUUUGAAGACGCCUUUCGAGUCGCGCCGAGCCGGCGACCGCCGGUCGGGCGAGUGCUCCGGGAGCCACAACCGCCGUUGUUUGCGGCGCUCGUCACCAACCCCAAGCACCACCGCGACGACGCCACGCGCCGCGCGCUCCACGAGCUUCAGAAGCGCCACCAAGCUAGAAAAGAGUUGCCGCGUCACCACCACCACCAAGAGCAGCAGCAGCAGCAGAAGCGACAAUCGCCCGCCAAGCUGCACGACACCAGUCGCAUCGACCAAGACAACGACGACACCGGUGGACCGGAAAAGCAAGAUGCACUCGACGACGUGGUGGCCGUGUGUCGACGGCUCUCCAUGCAACACAGCGUAAAGCGCCAGAUCGGCGCUUUGCGGCAUCGGGCCAACACGGAGCGCCAGAUCAGCGUCUAG